CCCGCGGCCGCUGGCGCCGCCUCCUCCUCCCCGCCCUCCCUUCCUCCCUCCCUGCCUGCCUCUCUGCUGGGCGUCCUGCCUGUCGGCGCUGCCCCAUGUUCGCGCCGGGGAAGCCGUCGGGGCAGCAGAAGCUGGACGGGAGUGGCGGGUUGGGGAACAUGGCGUCCGUGGGGGAUUUUAACGUGCUCAGCUCCAGCAUCCCGGCCACCAAGGUGGAGCUCUCCGUGUCCUGCAGAAAUCUUUUGGACAGAGACACGUUUUCAAAAUCUGAUCCGAUCUGUGUUUUGUAUACACAAGCCAUUGGAAACAAAGAAUGGAGAGAGUUUGGAAGAACAGAAGUAAUUGAUAAUACUUUAAAUCCAGAUUUUGUGAGAAAAUUUAUAAUGGACUACUUCUUUGAAGAAAGAGAGAAUCUGCGAUUUGAUUUCUAUGAUGUUGAUUCGAAGAGUCCUAACCUGUCAAAACAUGAUUUUUUGGGACAGAUGUUUUGUACUCUGGGAGAGAUAGUUGGAUCGCAGGGAAGCAGACUGGAAAAAUCAAUUGUAGGAAUUCCUGGGAAGAAAUGUGGAACAGUUAUAGUAACAGCAGAGGAACUGAGCUGUUGCAGAGAUUCAGUUCUAAUGCAAUUUUGUGCGAACAAAUUAGACAAGAAGGACUUCUUUGGGAAAUCUGAUCCUUUCCUUGUAUUUCAUCGGAGCAAUGAAGAUGGCAGUUUUACGAUCUGCCACAAAACAGAAGUUGUGAAAAAUACAUUAAAUCCAGUGUGGCAGGCAUUCAAGAUCUCUGUCAGAGCACUGUGUAACGGAGACUAUGACCGAACAAUUAAAGUAGAAGUAUAUGACUGGGAUAGAGAUGGAAGCCAUGAUUUCAUCGGAGAAUUCACGACAAGUUAUAGAGAGUUAUCUAGAGGGCAAUCUCAGUUCAAUGUGUAUGAGGUAAUAAAUCCAAAGAAAAAGGGAAAAAAGAAAAAGUACAUUAAUUCUGGAACAGUAACAUUGCUUUCCUUCCUAAUUGAAACAGAAGUUUCAUUCCUUGACUAUAUUAAAGGCGGAACUCAAAUCAAUUUCACAGUAGCUAUUGAUUUCACAGCAUCUAAUGGUAACCCUUCACAACCUACUUCACUCCACUACAUGAAUCCCUAUCAGCUUAAUGCUUAUGGCAUGGCACUGAAAGCAGUCGGUGAAAUCAUUCAGGACUAUGACAGUGAUAAAAUGUUCCCAGCUCUAGGUUUUGGGGCUAGACUGCCUCCAGAUGGAAGAGUAUCCCAUGAAUUUGCAUUGAAUGGAAAUCCUCAAAAUCCAUACUGCCAUGGAAUUGAUGGUGUGAUGGAGGCAUAUUAUAGGAGUCUAAAAUCUGUACAGCUUUAUGGACCAACAAACUUUGCCCCUGUAAUUAAUCAUGUUGCAAGAUAUGCUUCUUCAGUAAAAGAUGGUUCCCAGUAUUUUGUUCUUCUCAUUAUUACAGAUGGAGUUAUUUCAGAUAUGGCUCAGACAAAAGAAUCCAUAGUGAAUGCUUCAAAGCUUCCGAUGUCAAUAAUCAUAGUGGGGGUAGGACCCGCAGAAUUUGAUGCUAUGGAAGAACUGGAUGGUGAUGUAGUCAGGAUUUCCUCAAGGGGAAAAUUUGCAGAAAGAGACAUUGUGCAGUUUGUGCCGUUCCGAGAUUACAUUGACAGAAGUGGAAACCACGUAUUAAGCAUGGCAAGACUUGCUAAAGAUGUCUUAGCUGAGAUCCCCGAGCAAUUUCUUUCCUACAUGCGAGUCAGAGGAAUAAAGCCAUCACCUGCACCACCACCCUAUACACCCCCUAUUCAUGUAUUACAGACUCAGAUAUGAGUGCUCCAAAGUGCUUAGAGUUUACCACAAGUCAAGAGUUUCCGGCUGCAGUAGUAGAUUAUGAUAGCUUUUUGGAGCUAGAAAAAUCCUCUUCAAAUACCAAAAUUCUUCAUAUGGUUGCAUGAGCAACUGAAAAACUAUUAAAUGCUAGGAGAAAAAGUUGAUGUUCUGAGUCUUGCUCUUUUUUUUGAUAAAACCCCUACCUUUUGAUAUAUUUAUUGGAGGGGAAAGCACAAGUCAGGAUUUCAACUCAAAAGAUACUGUUCUUUCUGAAUACUGUGUGUACAUAUAUGUACAGGAAUGCUAUUCCUCUGUAUCAAUGUUUACAUGUUACUAUUUUUAAAUUUCAGUACUUUUAUAACUAUUCUUAAAAACAAAAGUUUGGAAUAUUGAUUCAUAUGUCUCCUAGCUUGCAGUAGUUAGUGACAAGAUAACAAGAGAAGCAAUAUCUCUUUGAAUGUUUGUCCAGACAAAUACAAAUGGAAAGCUAAAGAGAAGAACGACAAUUAUUUAUGGUUUUCCCCACACCUGAAUUGCUUCCGUCAGUGCUCAGAAAUCCAUUCAUACCACAGUUCGAGAAUAAUCUCCCGAAAAGUGAAUAUCAUAAUUGCAUAUGACUUACGACUAACUCCAAACUUCAAGGAGGAGGUAUGUUUAUUUUUUCAGAGAUUCUCCAAUUUCUAAGUUAAUCCUAGUUCAGAGUUUUUUAAACUGGUUACUCAAGCAAAUUAGAAGAGUUACUUGCUGUAAGUAAUUAAAGAAAAUUACCUCAAAUCAAAUCUUUGAGUCUCGUAGUUGACUCAUUUAGCUCAUUAAAUCUUAUCAUGUGUUCCUUAAAGCACUGGAACUUUUGCAUCAGAAAAGUGUUCUGGAGUGAUUAUAGCAGAUGUUUUAUAAUGGAUCAUUUUAAACUUAAUUUAAAGUUACAAAUUUUGUCUAGAUUUCCCAUUCAAAGGGAUGCUGGCUCUUAAUAUUUGGGUUUAAUAUUGUCAUGUAAUCGCAUUGCCAUUCAGGAUGCAUGAAUGAUAAUGUUAAUUAACUGGUUUAAAAGUUGCACAGCCAUGCUGCUUUGUGUACCGAACUACCCCAGAAUUUUACUAUAUGCCUGUUCAUAUAUAAUUAUAAAAUAAUUUUGCAUGUACAGUUUUUACAAAAUACAGUUUUGUGAGAUUGUGUCAGAUAUAUUUUAUUUAGAACUAAUGGCCUUAAAUUUCACAAAACUCCUGAAAUGAUUGUGAAUUGCCUUCAAAUACUGUUAAAACUGAACACUAUUUUUUGUGUCACAACUGUAAGUGUCUUGUAAUGUAAGUUUUUUCUUUGCAUUACUAUUAUUGUUUACUACUUCUGUUUCUUACUACUAUAUGUUGUACUGUACAGUAUAAAACAAAAGUGCGUUUUUUAAGCAUGGGAAGUUUUUUGCCAGAAAACAGAUCUUCAGUAUCAAUAGUAUAUAACUAUGUAAAUGCAGAAUCUUCCAUUUUAAAAUGUAUUUACAUUUCUUUAU